GUCGCUUUCCUCAAUUUCGUCAUUCAGGUAAAUAUGCUAGAAGCAAUGCAUAGCGAAAGUUUGGUACAGGGAUAAGAAAUUCCCAAGAACAUACAUUUAUAUAGAUUUCCCACGUUCGCCAUUUUUCUGAUUUUCCACGUUCGCCAUUUUUCUGAUUUUUCCACGUUCAACAUUUUUCUUUCUUUUUCUUGGUGGCAGUUACUUCCUUCCAUACCCAAACACUCAACAUAACAAAAUCCGAACAGUAAUUUUUUCACCUUUACAAGAUUGCCGUUUGCUUGUAAUUUCAUUUCUGGUGGAUCUCUCUCUGGAUUUCCAGAUUUCUCUCAAAACCAAAUUCCGUUAUGUAUCCGAAAGCGGUUUUUUGUCAACAACACAAUUUUCCUUCACAAAUCGAAACAUAGAAAGCUCGUAUUAUCAAGCCACACGUAAUCAUGUUAGAGCCAAAAUUCCCUGUGUAACAAGGGUUGCAUAUUGGCUGCGGUUGCAGCUUCAAGGUGAGGGUUUUAUCAGCAAACUUAUAGUAAUGAGAGGUUUUGUAUUUUGGGUGGGAUUAGGGUUUUGAGUAAUUGGGUUGGAUUAUGAAUACAACGAAUCAUGUACAAGAACCAGCUGCAGGAACUUGCUCAGAGGAGCUGUUUCAAUCUCCCAUCGUAUUUCUGCAUACGAGAAGGCCCCGAUCAUGCCCCUCGAUUUAAGGCUGUUGUCACUUUUAAUGGCGAGACUUUCGAGAGCCCCAAAUUUUACACCACAUUACGACAGGCCGAGCACGCGGCUGCAGAAGUCGCUCUCAGUACACUUUCUCGAAGAGGACCUUCACAGUCGCUUGCCGCAAGAAUCCUAGAUGAAACUGGAGUUUGCAAGAAUCUGUUACAGGAGAUGGCUCAAAGGGCUGGAGUUCCUUUACCUGUAUAUACAACAACAAGGUCAGGGCCAGGACAUCUGCCAGUCUUUACAUGUUCUGUGGAAGUGGCUGGAAUGACCUUUUCAGGUGAAGCUGCAAAAUCAAAAAAGCAGGCUGAAAAGAAUGCUGCUAUGGUUGCUUGGUCUUCGCUUAAACAACUUGGAAGUCAAGCUGGCUCAACAUCACGAAGUUCUGAACAUGAAGGGAGUGAUGAACAAGAGCAGAAUGCAAUAGCUCGUUUUUUAACGGCUAGACACAUGGACGAACAGAGUAGAAUUGUUUCUCAUAGCCAUGUACAGCGAGUUCCAUCAAACACAACUAGAAUCAGAGUCAGCCCCAACUGGAAUGGUUUGGGACAACCUAUUUGUGAUAUGAAUUCCCCCUAUAAUACAAAGGCCUGGGUUGCAGUCGAAUUCAAUGGUGAUGCCAUUCAACCUCAAAGGUUUGUUGCUACACAGCAUAAUCCUUCAAGAUGCAGGCCGUUUUAUUUCCCAUACGCUUUGCAUGAUGGUCAAACUUCAGUGGCUGGUUGUGGACAAUCACUUGAACUUGUACCUUCAAACAGGCUAAUUCCUAGCAAUUCAAGGAAAUUAGUUCCAGUGCAGCUUGGCAAUACUCAUAUGGUUUCUCAGAGCAGGCAAGAUGUUCCUAUUCCAUUGGAUGAACACCAACGAGAUGAAGAAGAAUGGUUUAGAAGCUCAGGUUCAUGUAUGACAUUGAGGCCUGGAACAAUUGGGCCAAGCAUGCCGGUUAGGCCUACAUCUACAAAUACAUUAUACAACGCUUCUAGCUGGUCUCCUUCAGCACAAUGGUUGAACAUACAUCCUACAUCUGCUGUAAUUGCACGUCCUUAUGGUCCGCCAGUUUCUUUAGCACCUCCUGUUAGAGUUCGUUCUGCAGUUGCUGUCAGUUCUGCGCCACCUCGUGUAUCUAGAUCUGAGGAACAUCAAAACAAAUCUACUGAGGAAGAGUCUGCAACUUGUCAAGUUUUAAAUGAGAUCAAAUCUUUGAAAUUGGAGUAGCACCAAUGAAUGUCAGUAUGGCUUAGCCAGAGUCAUCUGUGGAAGUUUAUUGGCGAGCCUUACUUUCUUUUUUGCAAUUGGAUUCAGAAGGUAUUGUUUCUAUUUGUUACAUGUAUCAUGUAGGGUGUUCUUGUCAUGUUUACCUUUGAGCACUGCUUUCUCUCCUACACUAAGGUCAUAGCCUUGAAGGUGGAAGUGUCUGUCUACUGUAAUUCAAUUUAUAUCUGAAUAUCCAUAUGCUUAAUUCCCGUGUAGCAUAUCCUUUUUGAGAUUAACGGUAUUGAUAAUUUAUUGACUCGUUGGAUCAUUCUAAUAAAGAGUAUAUGCAAGAUGUUUGGGCCUGUUAAAUUUAUAAUUUAUUUGCCUGCUAUAGAGGCUGGUGCACUAAAAAUUUGACAUGUUUA